UUUAGUUGCAACAGUAAUCUUACUUGCCACAAAAGGAUCCACACAGGGGAGAAACCAUAUAAAUGCAUCGAGUGCGGAAAGUGCUUCAGAGUACAUAGUGACCUUACAUCCCAUAAAAGGAUCCACUCAGGUGAGAAACCAUAUCAAUGCAUAGAGUGUGGAAAGGACUUCAGAAUACACAGUGAUCUUACAACCCAUAAAAGGAUCCACACAGGGGAGAGGCCUUACAAAUGCAUAGAAUGUGGAAAGACUUUUACUCAUAACAGUCAACUUGCUUCCCAUAAAGCGAUCCACACAGGGGAGAGGCCUUACAAUUGCAUGGAAUGUGGAAAGUCUUUUACUCAUAGCAGUCACCUUGCUUCUCAUACAUGGAUUCACAGAGGGGAGAAGCCAUAUAAAUGCAUGGAGUGUGGAAAGGGCUUCCAUGUAAAUUCAUCCCUUAUAAGACAUAAGAGGAUUCACACAGGGGAUAAACCAUAUAAAUGUAUGGAAUGUGGAAAAGGCUUCAGUGAACUUGGUAAUCUUACAUCCCAUAAAAGGAUCCAUACAGGAGAGAGGCCAUAUAAAUGCAUGGAGUGUGGAAAGAGCUUCAGUGAACACAGUAAUCUUAUUUCCCAUAAAAGGACUCACACAGGAGAGAAGCCAUUUAAAUGCAUGGAUUGUGGAAGGGUUUUCAGUCAACGCAGUAGUCUCACUUCCCAUAAAAGGAUCCAUACAGGGGAGAAACCAUAUAAAUGUACGGAAUGUGGAAGAUGCUUUAGUGAAUACAGUAAUCUUAUUUCCCAUAAAAGGACACACACAGGAGACAAGCCAUUUAAAUGCAUGAAUUGUGGAAAGUGCUUCAGCCGACCCAGUAUGCUUACCUCCCAUAAAAGGAUCCAUAGAGACGUGGAGCCAAUUUCUGAAACAGAAAGAGAUUUGGGUGGGAAUCUAUGCUAAUUUAGUGGGUUAAAUCUAUGGAUUUUUCUAUUUAAUUGACUGAACUCAGAAAGGAAGGUGUUUUUGAGUUAGGCCCUCCCAACUGGCAGCCCCAGAGAGAGAUGGAUAUAUUCAUUAAAAUUGAAACAGUAUGUAUGUGUUCUUUUUAAUUAUGAACGAUGCAUUUUGAAGCUAUCUAUGUAUAUAUUUAAGUUUUUUUCUUUCUAUUUUGCCUUUUACUUUGAAUGAGUAGAUUACAUGUUAAUUGCCAGGUUGAAUGCUGCUAAAUCCAAUACAUCCCUUGUUGAGCUAUGAUUAAAGAGUUUUAUUGCUUUAAAGAUGAGACUUCCUCUGAUUUAUGGCAUGGAAUGGAAAUGGCAAAUUUCAGUCUUUUGAACAAGUAAUUUUAGCCAUUUUGAGCUUUUUGAUCAUUUAGUGAAAAGUUUAGAUGAUUUAUUGGUUAUUUAUUGAAAACUACAUUAUUUAUUGUAAUUAUGAUUUAUUUGAAAUUGCUCUAUAAAUUUUAAAAAACUUUAGUAUUUCAUUCCAUUUUCCU